CUCUAGGUACUACGUAGACAAAGACACGUAGACGUACUCAUUCUAGCAGUUUCAUUCGUGAUACGGAACGGUGCUCAUCAUGCAUUUUCUUGGCGGUUUCUUCAUCAUCUGCCUUGCUUGCUGCAACUUAUGCUCAUGUUUUGGGAAUCAACAAGACGAUCAGAAAAAUUCUCGUGUGUCUACUCUGUGCGGCAAUGGUUGUUUUAACACCUCGGUUGCUUGCAAGGACACGCUCACAGGAGGCUGUGUUGGUUGGAAAAAUCUGGGAAGUCGAAAGAACCCUGGAAGGUCCUGCAACGACAUCCACAUGCACCGUGUUUCUGCUGAGAGUGGACGCUAUUGGAUAAGUCCCGAUUGCGACGUCUGUUACCCGUAUGAAGUGUACUGUGAUAUGACAACUGCCGGUGGAGGAUGGACACUGGUAGUGAAGGUCAAGGGAAACGAUCCAUUUAUGAAUCGUCUUAACUCCAAGCAAUGGCGCGAUGGCAGACUGAUUGGCGACCCCACAAGUCUUAGUGAUGAAAAUGCUAUGGGUAUGGCGUACACAUCUUUGGCGUUCCGUGAAGUGAUGAUUAGGAGUCUUGUGAAUACCGCCCAGCAUCUGGCAUGGAGACAUCCUCAAACCUACGACAGCAUUCGGUCAAUAGUGAAGUCGUGCACAAGAGUUGCUAAUGGAGUCAAGAUCUCUGGAGACAUAACAAAACUGAACUUUAAAGGUAACGUUGCCUACUUAAAGCCAUGCACGGAGCUCGUGUAUGGCUUCAUGGGUGGAGACCAUCACUAUGCCCUAACUUCUGUGGCCGGAUGUUCCGUCGGAUACAAGCAUGGACAUGUAGGGGCAGUGAUAGGUGCAUUUCUUGACCCUCCAUCUGGUGAUCACACCAAAAAUGGACAAAAUGUUAAGUGCAUAUCAGAUUUUGGAGUCGGCGGAGGCUAUUACAACAUGGCAAAGGCUGAUUAUGCGUACGCCAUCAACGCUCAUUAUUGGGAUAAUGGUAAUGACUAUACCCAUUCCUGGGGGUCACACGCCGUGUUCAUCAGGUGACAGUAGAAAGAACGCGAUUAGACGGACUCUCAUUGUUGUGCAUUGCGUGAAGUUUAACUGCUAGUGCUGUGAUUAGUGUAAACGUGCUUUUGAGAGAAAAUCAACAUGCUAGCAUUGAC